AUGGAAAGAAGGGCAAAUUUAAUUCAAAGAUUAUACUAAGAAGAAAAGCAAAAAUGCAAUAGUCUUAUUAAUAUAAAUUAAGAUCUAUAACAUGAAAAGCAAGGAAAUAAAAAUUAAAAUAAAUCUACUAAUAAAUAAACUAGCUCAUAAGAAACAAGUAUUUUAAAAAUCAAAUAACCAUCAAUUGAUGCUAUACAAGCUACAAAUAAAAAAAUGGAGAUUAAGAGAUUGAACUUAUAAAAGACUUAUCAAAGCAAAGAUUUCGAUAGCGAGAAUGAGAUGAAAUGGAAUAGGUUAAAUGAUAUUAUUAAAAGAAUUAAAUUUAAAAAAUAUAUAAAGACAUUUCUUUCUUUAAGUAGGAUCAGACUAGAAAAGCACCUUACUCCUUCUUAAAUACAAAAGAUAAAUGACUUAAGUUAUUCGUGUAAUUCUUAUAGUACUAAUAAAGAGAUAGAAUAUAAAGUAGGAAGUAAUAAUAUUCAAGAUAAUAGCAGCAAUGCACUUUUGAAUCUUUUUCAUUCUAUAAAAAUUCCUAUUUUUUUACCUCAUAGUCUAUUAUAUGAGAUUUGGACAUUUGUAAAGAUAACUAGUGCUAUGAUUUGCUUUUAUUGUUAUUUAGUUUGCUUCGCUUUGAAUAAAGAUUUGGAGCAGCUGUUUCCAAUUUAAUUGUUAGUAAUUUGUCAACUAUGUAUUUUUUUAGAUAUCUUUAUUACUUUAAACACAGGCAUCUAUAUAAAGGGUAUCCUUUGCAAAGAUAGGAAAGAUCUAUUUAAUUAUUAUAAAUCUUCAAAGACUAUUUAUUAUGAUUUUUGUUCUACUUUUUUUACUACACUCUAUUAUUUAUUUCAUUUUAACGGAUUCUAACAUUCUUAAGCUUUAAUGGUGCUACUACUUCCGAUCAUUUUUAAACACAAUGAUUUUUAUGUGAUUAUAAAGAAAUUGAAGUAAAAAUUCUUAUUAGAUAGGAGAGCAUAAAAUAUAAUUGAACUUAUAAAUUUACUUAAAAACAUCUUGUUGAUUUCUCAUAUAUUUGCUUGUAUUUGGCUUUUUGUAGGCUUAAUGUCAGACGAAAAUAACAUCCAAAGUAACAACAGUGCAAAUUCGUAACCCUAGAGUUGGCUUGAGUUAGUUGAUAUAUAAAACUCACCAUGGUAUGUAUAGUAUUUAAAUUCUUAUUAUUAUAUUGCUGUAACUAUGAGUACAGUUGGGUAUGGAGACAUAAGAGCAACGAACCCAAUAGAAGUUUUAGUGGCUGUAUUUUUUGUUAUGACUUGUAGCGUAAUUUUUGGGUUUACUUUGAAUAACAUAGGUGAAAUAUUUUAAGAUUUCUUUUAAUUUGAGAAGCAGAUCCAAGAGAAAAGGUAUGUGAUCGCUAACUAUAUGAAUAAGAAUGGCAUUAAUUAAGAGACAAGAUAAAGCAUAUUUGAAUAUUUAGAAUACUAUUGGAAAGAUAAAAUUAAUGAGAAUACGCAAGAAGAAAAUAACAUAAUAUCAUAAUUGUCUGAUAAUCUAAAGGAAGAGCUCCUCAUUUAAUCAAACAGACUCAUUUUUAAAUAAAAUAGGGUUCUUAGAGAUAACUUUAGCUAAGAAAUUCUAACUAAAUGUCUACCUAUCAUAUAAGAAAUGAGGUUUACCUAAAACGAAAUCAUAAUAGAUGAAUCAACUGGUAACUCUGACUUUAGUAUUUACUUUGUUUUAUAAGGAGAAAUAGAAGUUAUUCAUAGGUAGAAUCAUUCAAUCCCUCUUAAUAAUAGCUCAAAUAAGUAGAUGAAAUAAACCAACAAUAAAUACAAAGAAAUCGCUAUCUUAAGCCAAGGUGAUUCAUUUGGCGAGAAAUCUUUUUUUUCUGGAUUUAAAUAAAGUUUAACUUUUCGAAGCAAGAAAUUUAGUAAAGUUUUAAAAAUAAAGAGAGACGACUUCAUUAGUAUUUUAUAAGGAGAUUAAGAAUAAUACGAAAUAUUUUGCUCUAUCAAUGACAGACUUAUGUUUUGUUCAGACUAAAGCUUUUUACAAUUAUAAUGCAAAUCUUGUAAAGAUAGCUCUCAUGAUAUAGUAUAGUGCCCUUAUUUACAUUUAAUUCCAAGAAAGUUAAAGCUUUUGAGCAACAUAAAGAACUCAUAACCUCAUUUAGAUAGAAAUGCAUUUAAAAGGAGACUUUAUAAAUAAGGAGCUCUUGAAAAUAAUGAUUUAAUUUAAUCUAGUUUGUAUGAGUUCAUUGAAAACAAAGAAGAUGAAAUAAUAUAAUAUGAAAACUAAUACUAUACAUAUAGAUAGUUUUUAGGCUCAAAAACCUAUUUUGUUAGUGAUGAAGAAGCUGACUAGAUUCCUAAGUCUCUAAAAGAAAGUAUAAAAGAAAGGAGAGCACCCACAUCUGAGAUUUCAGACUCUCCCUAAAUGAAUGCAAGCAAAAAGUUUAAUUUUAGUAGAAGAAUAGGAUUUAUGUUAAAUACUAAUUCAACUAACUAGUAAGGAAAUGCAAGUACAAAAGAUUAAAUUAAUUAUAUUUCAUGCAAUUCUUUAGAUGAUUUUUAGUUAAAUGCUCCUAAUUUGGUUCAAGGAUAAAAUAGAAUAACGUUAUCUAGAGAUUUAGAUGCAGUAGUUAGAUAAAACUCUGAGUCUGAUAUCAAAUUUGAAUUUCCGCCUUCUUAAAGUAGUACUUCAAUAAUAGAAAAACAAAUAUAAUAAUCGCGUUAGUAGUUUUUUAAAAUGCAAAUGCUUAAAGAAGGAAAUCGAGUAUAAUUUGAAAAGGUAGUGAAAUAAAAAACUCAAGAAUAAAAAGAGAAGCCAUAAUAACAUUUCUAAUAAUUAAAACAGGAUUAUACAGAUUACGAUUUAUUUGGAGGUGAUUUUGAAAAAAUGGCUAUAUUCACCAAGUAUUUCCCUAAGUAUAACUACAAAAACGUGGUUUCUAGUCUUCAAUAAUAAAAGUAACCUAAAUAUUAAAUGAAAGAUAGCAUAAAUAUUCCUGUAAAUAGGAAAAUUAAUAGAAAUAUACAGUCUAUUAUUAACAGAGAAAAGGAAGUAGUAUCAUGUAGAUCUCUGCCAAGAAUGAAAAUAAAAGGCGAAACUCCAACCUCUAGAGAGAAUACUAUCAAUAAAUCCUAACACAACGUAUCUAAUGGAGGUGCUAAUAAUUUUAGCUAAAUGAUGAAAUUUAGGGUCAGUCAUUAAGAUAGUAUAAUAAUGAACGAAUCUAAUUUAGAUGUUGUUAUGGAAAAAUAACUAAGUUACGAAGAGCCAAAUACCCCUCCUAGAAAUGAAUACAAUAUCUCAAAACAAGCCAUUAAUUCUCUUGCAAACUUCAAAACAUCCUAGUAUAACUUUGGAAAUAUCGAAGAUUCCCAAUUAGUUACAAUUAGAAAAGAAUAUAUCGAUUCAAUGAAUCAUUGA